GGGGCCGCGCUCGCUCGCCCUCCUCUGCCCAUGGUCAAGGCCGAUGCGCCGCCGCUGAGCAGCCCCGCUUCCCGCGCCCCGGCGUCUCUGCCGAGGCAGGAGGAAGCCUCCUUCGGAAGGAGGGCGAUGGAGGUCAACUGUCUAACACUACAAGACCUGAUCAGCCCCAGGCAGCCCAGGCUAGAAUUUGUGAUUGAAGAUGGGGAAAAUGCGCAGAAGGAAAAUAUAUUUGUUGAUCGAUCCAGAAUGGCCCCAAAGACGCCAAUGAAAAAUGAACCGAUUGAUUUAUCGAAGCAAAAAACCUACACGCCCGAAAGAAAUCCAAUUACACCGGUUAAGCUUGCCGACAGACCUCAGGCAGAACCGUGGACGCCUACAGCAAACCUGAAGAUGCUCAUUAGUGCUGCUAGUCCUGACAUGAGGGACCGGGAAAAGAAGAAGGAGCUGUUCAGACCAAUUGAAAACAAGGAUGAUGCUUUCUCAGACUCACUACAGCUCGAUGCUGUUGGGGAUGGCCCUGUGGAUGAAUUUGAAAAGCAACGGCCAAGCAGAAAGCAGAAGAGUUUAGGACUCCUGUGCCAGAAGUUUCUGGCUCGUUAUCCAAGUUACCCAUUGUCCACUGAGAAAACCACAAUAUCCCUGGAUGAAGUGGCCGCCAGUCUGGGUGUAGAACGGAGGCGCAUCUAUGACAUCGUGAAUGUGUUAGAGUCCCUGCAUAUGGUCAGCCGAGUAGCCAAAAAUCAAUAUGGUUGGCAUGGACGGCAUGGCCUCCAGAAAACCUUGAAGAACCUCCAGAGACUAGGAGAGGAACAGAAAUACGAAGAACAGAUGGCCUAUUUUCACCAAAAGGAACUCGACCUGGUGGAGUAUAAAUUUGGAGAGCGGAAACGGGAGGGUUUCCUAGAUGCCCAAGACCAACAGUUACUGGAUUUCUCUGAGCCUGAUUGUGCCUCUGCAUCUGCAAACAGCAGGAAGGAUAAAUCUUUGCGAAUUAUGAGCCAGAAGUUCGUCAUGCUGUUCCUCGUCUCCAAGACUAAGAUUGUCACCCUAGACGUUGCUGCCAAGAUACUGAUAGAAGAGAGCCAGGAUGUGGCCGAUCAUAGCAAGUUUAAAACAAAGGUACGGAGGCUGUAUGACAUUGCCAAUGUCCUGACCAGCUUGGUGCUAAUUAAGAAAGUCCACGUGACUGAAGAGCGAGGUCGGAAGCCAGCGUUCAAGUGGAUUGGCCCUGUGGAUUUCAGCACAGAAAAUGGUGAACAGCUAGUAGGUGUUUCCACGUCCACUCUCCCAGAACUGAAAACAGAGCCUCGCUCCCCUUUUCAGCCCUGUGUGAAGCAGAGACUCUCCCGCCAUAGCUCCUUCAACUUGAUUCCCUCUUCGGAAGGGAUCAAGAGGAAAGUGAGCUCGGAGCCCAACAGCCCUCACCGAGGAGAGCAAGGUUCAGAUGAAUAUUGCUCCAAAAUCGUCAACCUGGCAGCUGCCUGCCGGCAGAAAAUAGAUGCAGUUUCACGGAAGGAGACAUGUAUCAAUAAGAAGAUGAUACACUCAUCAGGCAACCUUGACCCCAUUCCUCCCUUCCCGGUUCACCCUCAGGACUCGGAAUAUUGCUUUCAUCCAUUAUCCCACCAAGUAUUUCCUGUUGCCCCGGCAGACCUGUCACCGAUUAAUCUGCAGAAUAGUCUUGAUGGACAUGUAGCUCUCAUACCUGCUCCCACAGCCUCCAAAACAGAGAGCCUGAAGCCCACGGUGCUCCCCAAUCAACCUUUAGUCUAUGUCCCCUCUGCUUCUCUCUUCAUGCUGUAUGGGAGCCUCCCGGAAGGCCACUCCAAAGCAGAAAAGGGCCGUGACUCCCCUGAGGCAGCACAGACCUCCUCCUCUGCAGAACUGUCUGCUCUGCCCCUUGUGAGUGCUCACAAGCGCCGUCCUCAGGAAGCUCAUGAGCCAGCUGCUAAGAGGCAGAGCACAGACACUGAGGAUGGUCCACUCUCGCUGGUGUUGCCCAAGAAACUCACAGACUCCACUGAUGUUGCCUCUCCCAGGAGUAUUGGUAGUAUAGAUAUCAUGCCCUUAGAAGCUUUUCAUGGGUGCUCAGAAAUGCCCCUUGCUGAGGAGGCAGCAAGAAAAACUACAGUCCAGUGCCUAGCUACCCCCGAGAAGAGGAAUCCUUUGAGAAAUGCAAACAUUGAAAAGCCUUCAAAAGAGAGAGAAAACCUCUCUGAAGAAAACGCCAAAGACCCGUCUCAGCCACAGUAUCUUUAUGUGCAGUCUGCACCUGGAUUAAAUGGUUUUAAUUUCCUGCUGCCUGCCCACCAGGCUGCCAAUGCUGUUGGACCAUCUCCAAGUCAGUUGACUUCUCUCCAUGUUCCCUGCAUGGUUGUGCCAUCUACAGCACUGGCCCCGGUGCCUUUUUUCUAUUCUCCGGCAAUCAACAAUCCAGUGCCUUCUUCUGGCCCAGUGAAUUUUGGCUUGCCAGGCCUCAGAUCUUCAACUCAACUUCUCGUUGGCACCAACAUGGUUAAUCCAAAGACAUCAAAGGCCCCUUCCACGGAACCACAACAUCCAGGCCAGUCUCCAGUUCACCUAAGCCCUGGGGUGUCCAGGUCCCAUAAUGCAAUCACACCAGAUUCCCCUGUUUGCGUGGGUCACCCAGUAACAAUUAUGAAAUUACCCCAGUCACCAGGCCCAGUGACACCCAAGAGCAUCCGGCCACCAUAUUGCGAGACCUUCUUCAAAACUCCUGGCAGCCUUGGAGAACCUGUGACUUGGAGAAAAAUCGAAGGGAGUCAAAGAAAUUUAAGCUCUGCCCAAAGGAGACUACAGAUAUCCAGUGGCAGCACUGAUUAACUGUAGCUUGGCCAAGUGGAAUGGGAAAACCCAACAGGGACUUUAACACUUGUUACAAGGGGCAUGUUAGUCCUUGAUGGGGUGUUUAUACUAAAGAGUUUAAGAGUAUAAUUUCCCAUUCUCCUCCACUAGUCCCGUUAACUCUCCCUCCUUUCAAGUCAUCCAUAUUCCUGAAAUUAAUUUUUUAUUAAUUGCUCAUUUAACAACCGUGAGGUUUCAAACACGAUGCAUGGUGCAGCAGUGAAAGCAUUGACUCACAGUUGUGGUUUCAACGUCUUCUUGCUCUUGAGUGGAUUGAAGAGGCUACCAGAGUCUUGUGGUUUGAGAAAAGGUGAGCUAUCGAGCACUUAACUAGGGUAAUCGUUCCUCACUUCACAUAGACUCUCGACUUACCCUGAGUAAAUCUGUGGUAAAACCAAUUACUUUCUACAGUUAAAAACGCAACUGCUUUCUGAGUCUCUGUUGGUCAAAGACAGCAUCAUCUACACAUUCUGUUUUCUAAUUUAUUUUGUUCUUCAAGUGGGACUUAGUGGGAAGAAAAAAAAAAUUUGUUUACAACCACAGAAAAACAGAUUUUCUCAGGGCAUGACUUACUUGAAUGUUAAUAUUAUUUCCUCUGUAAUUUGCCCUGUACUUAAAAAUCCCUAAUCGCCUAUGGAUGAAUGUAUACAUGUGAAAAAAAAAAAUGUUAAGACCAGAAUAACUGUGAAGAACAACUUGCUAUGAUGUAUGUAGUAUAAAUGAAUUGUACUAUCAUUAUUUAUGCAGGUAAGAAAUGGGAUGAACGAUAGGAGGGCAAUAGUUAGUGCCCAGGUAUCCAAGCGAAGAGUUAGUUUUCGGUGCUAUGUUUUCAAAUCCCAUACGUUCAGUUUCCUUCCCUCCCACCCACACCCCAUCACUACCACCACAUUCUUUUUCACAAUGUGAAAUUUAGGGAAGCAAUUGGGUACAAAUGCUUUCUAGCACUUUCUGCUUAGGUCAAAUGAGGAACAUAGAGAUUGUCCUUGUAGAGUAGGUCUGAGAGGACAUUGGGAACUGAAUUAGGAAAAUGACCUAAGAUGGAGAAGUUAGUAUAGGAGAAAUCAGCACUCUUUUCUUUGACUCAUUUCUUUAUUCUUGCGAGGGGUAAAGGAGAGAAUAGAUACAUUGUAAUUAAGUGUCUUAAGAGUCCUUAAACAAGGGUCAGUUGAUACUCUGGAGGAGGAAGAAUGGUUAGUUUACAAGUGUUGAAUAUAUUGUCACAAACAGUAGCCCGAGUGCCUUUCUACUGUAUCCCUCUGAUCAAACCACAAUGACUUUGUGUUGUAACAAGUAUGAAGAGAACCAGAAUAGAGCUGUUGAUUCCUAAAUGUGCUGGUAUUUAUCUCAUUCUCGCUUUAGAAUAGAUUUAUCCCUUUUUUUUUUCUCCUCCUUCUCUUAUAUUUAGAGUCCCCUACCCAGAUGGUCCCAAAAAAGUGUUAUCAAAAAAAAAAAGGAAUUAAAAUAUUAAUUUAAGUGACUCUGGGAGUCUGAUUAGCUUUUUAUUAUCCGAUACAAUUCAACAAGCAUUAAGCACCUGCCCCGUGCCAGGCACUAUGCUAGGUGCUUGCAGAUACAGACAACAAUCAAAUAGUCCUCCUCAAGGAACUUCUAUUCCUUGAAAUAGAAUUUUGAAUUGAAAUGGAAAUUAAUGAAAUAGGAAAGUAGUAAUAAGCUUAAAGCCCUCAAGGCAGGCGGCUUCACCAAAUAAAGAUGCCAGGGGUUUUUUGUUGUUGUUUUUUUAAUUUAAACUUGUAUAGACACUACACUUUUAAAGUUGACGUGAUGCUUUGUUUUUCCUUUUUUAUUCCCUCAUUUGAAUAUCUUUUAGAAGUUAAACAAAUAAAUAGAAAGUAACAAUUAUGUUGCUAUGUGAAAAAAAUAAGAUGAACUAUUGGAAGCCAACAGUAAGCACCCAAGUGUUUGAGAGAAAGAGAGAGAGCAAAGUGCAGUGGACAGAGGGCCAACCUCGGAGCCAGGGUGUGUGACACCUGGUCAAGUCGCUUCAUUUCUCCAUGCUCUAGACAGCUCUCUAAAAUGACAAGUUACAGAGGUGUCGGCCUGCCUUGGUAGAAGGAAUUUCCUCCUCAGGAGCUCCCUCUCAAUGAAAUCAUAGACCCAGUCUCUUUCCUAUCAAUGAUUGAGGAGAAAGAUGAACCUGAGCUAACAGAAAGAUAGUGAUUUGACUUUAUUAAGUAGAUAAUGUGAUAUGCAGACUAUAAAUCUGUACAGGGUACAAGUUUGUUUUUAUUAUAAGCCAAGUAUAAGAUUUUCUCCCUAACAUUUCCACUGAGCUGGCCUAUAUUUUAGAUGAAAACUGUUUCCUUCUCUCCAUCUCACCCCCGUCCCCAUCCUUCCCACUCUACCUGAAAACUCACCACCUAAUAUCUUUUCUUGAUUCCUUUUCUAAUCUCACUUUUUAUCUCGUUCCUGCAUGGUGUGCCUCUAACCACAAGGGAUACAACAUGUAAGAAGGAUGCCUGGAUCUUGGGGGAUCCCAAGAACUUCCUAUCCCAUAUCUGUCGCUUUUGCAGACCGGUGAUGGGAUACUUGGCAACCUAAGACAAAACAUCUAUAUGUAUCCAACAUCUAUAUGUGGUCUUGAUUAAAGAGAGACCACAAAGAUUGUUACUUUGGGGGAUAGUGCCUCCAACAGGAUAAUACCUUUUAGUACUUGAGCUGCUGAACUCAAUUUGGGGGAGAUUUUUUUUUUAGUAGUGAAAAAGCAAUGGCAAUCUAGACUCUUAUCACUGUAUAAUGUAAAUGGGAAAAAAAUGUCAGCAAUGCUGCUAGGACAAUGCAGAUUUUGUAUUUGCACUGAGGAAGGUGCACACACGGCCCAGGGUUUGUGAAACCCUUCCAUUCUGGUACAAGUGUUGGGGACAUAACUUAAAUACUUGAAUCUACCAACCAAGUUUACAUUUCUCAAUUUCUUUUUUAAAAGGUGCUAUUUCUAUAUUUAAAAGAGCUGUAUUUUUUUUCCUCCAUGUAAAGCUGCUUGCUGUUUAUAUUAUUGCACUGCUAGUUUUCUGUAGUUAUUAAUAUUAUUGCUGCUUGUAGCUUUCCGCAUACUUUCCCUCCCUUUCCUUCCUUCUCCUUAGCUAUGUUCUCUAUAACUGUCUGCAUAUAAUUUUAUUUACU